UUUGGCCGACAGCUCCAAAUCGGAAUCGCACGGCUUCCAGUUCCAUCAUGGAUCGAGAGCAUCUGUGCGACAGCCUUAUUAAAUGGCUGGAAACCUUCUCUUUGUCCCGUCCUCAUCACACAGCGGAAGAGCUGAGCACAGGAGCAGCAAUGGCCGAGCUUUUACACCAAAUAGCUCCAAACUUUUUCCAUGACCAAUGGCUAUCAAAGAUUAAGUCUGAAGAUGUCACCAACUGGAGAUUAAAAGUUAGCAACUUAAAGAAGGUUUUAAAAGGCAUUAUGGACUACUACUCAGAUAACCUUGGAUUACAUAUCCAAGAUUUUCCAAUGCCAGAUGUUAGUGCAAUAGGUGAAUGUGGUGACAAGGGGGAGCUUGGACGGUUGUUACAGUUGAUAUUGGGCUGUGCGGUGAACUGUGAUGAUAAGCAGGAGUACAUUCAGAGAAUCAUGGCCAUGGAGGAGUCAGUCCAGCAUGUGGUCAUGAAUGCUAUACAGGAGUUAAUGACAAAGGAAACUAGUACACCUACUGAUGGGGUUACAGAAAUGGCUGAACAGCUGAAGAAAACACAGGAUCUUUUGACAUCUGCUCUAGAAGAGAAGGAAGAACUGACUCAGCGGUGUCACGAACUAGACAUGCAGGUUGCUGUUCUCCUGGAAGAGAAGACAACUCUUGUUGGAGAGGCAGAGAAGUUACAAGACAGAGUUAACCAGACUGAGACGUUAGAUGACCCUAGCACCCCAGCUGGGAGACGAUACCAGCAGUUACAAACUCAGGUAGAGCAGCAGCAAGAAGAAUUGUACAGGUUAGAAGCUGGUAAAGAAGAUUACAGGGCCAAGUGUGAAAUUUUGGAAAAGAAAACUACAGAAUUACAACAGAAGGUUACACAGUUAUCUGCCCUUGCUGAACAAACGCAGGCGUUAAAAGACGAAUUAGAUAUUUACAAACACUCUUCAGAACAAGUGGCUCAGUACGAAGCCACUAUCCAGUCAUACAAAAAGAAACUAGUUGAACUCAGUGAUGUUAAAGGCCAGGUGAAGAUUCUACAGGAACAGAAUACAAAUUACAUGCAGCAAAACAUGGUGCUAGAAGAGGAGAAUAAGAAGACCGGUCCAAUAAAGCAGCAGUUGGAAAUGUACAAGCGUCAGAUGCAUGAACUGCAAACGAAGCUGUCGGAGGAAACAAAACGAGCGGACAAAGGAGAGUUUGAAAACAAACGAUGGCAGGAAAAAAUGGCCACUCUGCAAAAAGAAAAAGAGAGGAUAAUGGCUGAGCGGGACUCUCUGCGGGAGAUGAAUGAGGAAUUGAAAUGCACACAGUUUGCUCACGGAGGCACAGAAUUUGGAGACACUGGAGAAAGUCUGUCCACGUCAGCGGAGAUACUGGAAUUGGUGAAUUUACAUCCUGCUGUCAAAGAGAAGCUGCUGCGGCUGGAACAUGAGAACAAACUGAUGAGGCUCAGUAAAGGGGAAGAAGAACAAUCCCAAGUGUUACAGUCCAUGCUGGAUGAUGCCAAUUCCAGGAAGAACGAACUGGAAACAGACAUCAGGUUAGCAAACCAAAGAAUCCUCACACUAGAAGCCCAGCUGGAAGACUUCCACGAGAAACAAACUGUAACAAUGUCAAGCACAGAAACGAUUGAACUUAAGAAGAAGCUGCAUGAGACGACACAAAAGCUGGCUGAAGCAGAGAGCAAGCUGGCCACAAGUAACACACAGCUGACCGAAUUACAAGCUAGUGUGGAGUCGGGACGAGAAAAGACACAGCAGCUGGAGGAAAAGCUGCAGAAGAAAGAGGACAGUAUGAGAGCUAUGGAGGAGAGGUAUAAACGCUACCUGGAAAAAGCUAAAAGUGUUAUUCACACACUGGGACCCAAGCCAGGGCAGGUCACUGAGAUCAGUUCUCUGAAGUCACAGCUGGCAGAAAAAGACAGAAAACUGGAGAAGUUAAAUAAGGAGUACGAGAGAACACGCACAAUGAAAGAGCAGGAGGAAAAACUUAUAGUGACAGCCUGGAACAAUAUGGGUAUGCAGUUACACCGCAAGGCAGCAGAGGAACGGUUAGCCAAUGGCGGCGCCGGCCAGUCAUUUUUAGCGCGUCAGCGCCAGGCGCACACAAGGAAAGGACAGACGUAUUCUACCCUUCAAAAUAACAAUGCCGCCAGAUGAGCAGCAGAGGUCCUUUAGAGAGGACCAAAUUAUUUAAUUUCUAAUUUUACUGCCUUGAUAUCUUGAUAUGAACUGCAUUUACAUAUCCAUCAUGGUAUGGAGAAGGUUUAUUCACUGAUUCUUGAAUAUCUGAAGCAGUGACCUUAGAGUUAGAAUUUCUGAAAUAUUUAGGCCUGGCUAGGAGACAACACCUGUAAAAGGAUCAAAGGUCAGGCUACAUUCGGUGUACAAAAAUACUUGCCAGUCUUUGUAUUUCUGUUGAAAAUUUUGAACUUCACUGUCAGAAAAAGUAUUUAUUUUACAGGAGGAUGAAGGAAGAAUAUUUUACUCUGUAAGUUCAGCAAUGGAUGCCUUUGAAAAGUCACAAAAAUUUAAAAGCGAUUCAUUCGGUUGUUCAGGAGCAAAGGAGACUGCGUUUUCUGAAAUUGCUGGAGAUGAAGAAAGUCUGUUCUGAACAAACUAUAUGCAGCAUUUUACGUCGAAGGAUGAUGUCUGAACACAUAUGGUUAAACGAAACCCUGACGUGUAAACUCAGAGCUGUGCAUAAAAUUUUCUGACAUCAAAGGAAAGAUUUGACCUGUUCAUCACUCUGCUAUCCUCACGUGCUAUGUUCUGUUUCUGAAUGAAAACCAUGUGCUUCUGGAAGAAGAGUGCAUUUAUGGAGGGUGAAAUACAUAGCUGGUUAUUUUACAUGUGGAUUAAAUUUUUGUUCCCGUUCGCUAAUAUAAAUUUCUCUCCCAGCACGCCCAUCACCCCUACAGAGUCUUUAGAAGUAGACAAGGGAAGUCAAGUCCAAUGCAUUUACCGGUACCAAUGUCAUACUCACUAGAUGUUCCUCUACGCAGGGACGUAUGGAUGCGUGAUUUGUACUAUAUUCAUGCAUGAUUUGUACUACAUUCAGGCGUGAUUUGUACUGCAUUCAGGUGUGAUUUGCACUAUAUACUGUAUUCUUGACGCUGACAGUACUCUUUACGAGGAUGUAUGCCAGCUGUCAUUUCCUGACAGCUUUCAAAAGAAACAGCCAAGAUUUUGGCUGCGAUUAAUAGGACGUCAGGGGCCAGUUUCACAAAGAUAUCGUAUGUGUAAAAUAGUCACACAUGUAGGACUUGGUACGGUAAUAGUGACAUACAAAAUAUCGUACGAUAAAAAAACUUGUCGUACACCACUUAGGGAACGUGGGUGCAGUCCUGCAUGUAUAGCUGCCCUGCAGUGUUUGUUUUGUUAUGUUUUUUUUUUUUUUUUUUGCUGUGCUAAAGUUGCGGUUUAUAUUGAUGAGUUAAUUUGCAGGCACUUGGUUUAUACACAUGCAAUGGGUCCAGCAUGUAUAUGUUUUGUGAAGGUGUGUUAGCACAAAGCUCUGCAGGCAUAGGCUUUGUACAGGGGUGUUGACACAAA